ACACCACGAAGCACAUUUUCCAGGAAGUGUGGGCUGAGAUGAUUGUGUGCUCUUAACUAAUCCUGAGUAGGGUAGCAAGUAAGCCAGCCUUCUAAUGCUGCUUCUGCAAGCUCCUCUGUCAGAAGACAGCAUUUCAACUCAAUCGAAGCAUGAAUGAACCAUACAGCCCACCUGCUCCCCCAACUGGGAACACCAUCCCUGCGGCCACCAUGAAAAUCGUUAUGUUUUUACUUACUCUUUUUGUUAUUGCUCAGAUCAUUGGGACGGCGUUUUUUGGUGUCUACCUUCACAGGAGGCUGGAUGAGGUAGAAAAGGAGAUGAAUCAACAAGAGGACUAUGUGUUCAUAAGGAUGCUACAGAAAUGCAACCAGAAAGACUCUUCCACGUUCCUGAACUGCCAGGAAAUUCUAGCCUCGUUUCAGAAGCUGCUUAAGCCUGAGGAGAGCCCCACAAAGGAGAUGUUUGAGAGGCAGAAAGGGGAUCAGAAGCAGCUCCCAAUUGCAGCUCAUCUGACAAGUAACACCAACAGUAAAUCAACAGCUGUUCUCCAGUGGGCCAAAAAAGGAUAUUAUACCGUGAGCGACUCAUUAUUGUAUAGCGAUGGAAAACUGACAGUCCAAAGCUCAGGAUUUUACUAUAUCUAUUCCCAAGUCACCUUUUGUUCCAGCCAAGAAGCUUCCAGUCAGGCAGCAUUUGUAGCCAGCCUUUGCCUGAAAUCGAGCGGAUCCGAGAGAGUCCUCCUUCGAGCAGCAAAUCCCCACGCACCCUCUAAACCUUGUAGGCAUCAGUCGAUCCGCUUGGGAGGAACGUUCGACCUGCAACAAGGCGCUUCGGUGUUCGUCAAUGUGACUGAUCCCACCCAAGUGAGUCACGGGCCAGGAUUCACGUAUUUUGGUUUAUUUAAAUUGUGAAAAAAAUGUUAACUCCUCAUUUUGUGGCCAAAGAUGAUGCCAUCAAUCUUCGCCACGUAGAAAAAAGCAGCUCAAACUAAAUCCUUUGGAACUGACUGGGCUUUUCUGGCUUGGACUAUUUAUAUUCCUUGGACUUUCUUUCAUUAAAUACUAUUUAUUAUGUACUCCCAUGUAGGCAGUGCUGUCCAUACUAAGGGAUUCCAGAGCAAAACCAGAAAUGGUCCUGGCUUGUGGCUUAAAACGUAAGAAAAUGAGGCAGAGAAGGAGUGAAAUGAGAGAGAAGACAAUGAGAGACAAAGAGGAGACAGAGAU